AUGCCACCUAGACGUUACAAUCCCAAGAAAAAAACACUUAAACAACCCAAUAUUCAAUAUAAACAACAAUCCAAGAUUAUUCAAUAUAGACAACCCAACAUUCAAUAUAGGCAACAAUCCAAUAUUCAAAAUAGCCGAAAUAUAGAAGAAGAGAAAGUGGUGUUUAAUGAAUUUUUUGAAGAAACAGAAUUUGAAAAAGGCACCCGAUAUUAUAGACCAGAUGCCAAUGGCACCCAAUAUUAUAGACCAGAGAUAAUUGAAAUUACAGAACCAGAGACAACUGAGAUUACGGAUUAUUGGAAAAAUCAAAUAAACUUGAAUUUAAUAUUAUUGUAA